GUGUCGAGCGCCGAGACCCGAGAACCGCGCUGGGUGAGGGGCCGCGGGUGGCGGCGCAGUCUUGGUAGGCGAUAUGAGUUUGGCUGGGGGCCGGGCCCCCCGGAAGACCGCGGGGAACCGGCUUUCUGGGCUCCUGGAGGCAGAGGAGGAAGAUGAGUUCUACCAGACGACUUAUGGGGGUUUCACAGAGGAAUCGGGAGAUGAUGAGUAUCAAGGGGACCAGUCAGACACAGAGGAUGAAGUGGACUCUGACUUUGACAUCGACGAAGGGGAUGAACCAUCCAGUGAUGGAGAAGCAGAAGAGCCAAGAAGGAAGCGCCGAGUAGUCACCAAAGCCUAUAAGGAGCCUCUCAAGAGCUUAAGGCCUCGAAAGGUCAGCACUCCAGCUGGAAGCUCUCAGAAGACCAGAGAAGAGAAGGCACUGCUACCGUUAGAACUACAGGAUGAUGGCUCUGACAGUCGGAAAUCCAUGCGUCAGUCUACAGCUGAACAUACACGACAGACAUUCCUUCGGGUACAGGAGAGGCAGGGCCAGUUACGGCGGCGAAAGGGACCCCACUGUGAGCGGCCACUGACCCAGGAGGAGCUGCUCAGGGAGGCCAAGAUCACAGAGGAGCUCAACUUACGUUCACUGGAGACAUAUGAGCGGCUGGAGGCUGACAAAAAGAAGCAGGUUCACAAGAAGCGGAAGUGCCCUGGGCCCAUAAUCACCUAUCAUUCAGUGACAGUGCCACUUGUUGGGGAGCCAGGCCCUAAAGAAGAGAAUGUCGAUGUAGAAGGGCUUGAUCCUACUCCAACGGCUUCUGCAUUGACUCCCCGUGCUGGGACUGGACCCAUCGUCCCUCCUGCUCGCUGCUCACGUACCUUCAUCACUUUUAGUGAUGACGCGACGUUUGAGGAAUGGUUUCCCCAGGGGCGGCCCCCAAAGGUCCCUGUUAGAGAAGUCUGCCCAGUGACACAUCGCCCAGCCCUAUACCGAGACCCUGUUACAGACAUACCCUACGCCACUGCUCGAGCCUUCAAGAUCAUCCGUGAGGCCUACAAGAAGUACAUCACUGCCCACGGACUGCCACCCACUGCCUCAGCCCUGGGCCCUGGCCCACCACCUCCUGAGCCCCUCCCUGGCUCUGGGCCCCGAGCCUUGCGCCAGAAAAUCGUCAUCAAAUGAAGAGAUGUCUAGUCCUUAGAAACCUCUUUCCUGCCCUGACUUGGGGCUCUUAAUGUUCCCCCUCCUCUCCCUGUUUCUCCCUUUGUCCUCUCUGAUCUUUGCCCAGCCCUUUUCUGUAUUUCUUUCCCCAUUUUUUCCCCUAGUUACUACUGGUUUUGUGUUUUUUAUUUUUAAUCCAAUAAAAUAGAAAGAUCCCUUU